AUGGGUUGUUGCCAGUCCAAAACUGCUAAUCUCCAUUCUCUUGAUGAUCCUUCAGUUCCACACAAACCAGACUCAGUAACUGAGAACCAAGUGGAUCAAGAGAAUCAAGUCCCAUGUUUCAAAGAGUUUGAAUUGAGUGAACUUGAGAAAGUAACAAAUGGGUUUAGUCCCAGCUGCAUUGUCUCUGAAGGUGGAGAGAAAGCUCCCAAUGUUGUUUACAGAGGAAAGCUUGAAGGCAAUCGUCUUGUAGCCAUCAAGAGAUUCUCUAAACAGUCAUGGCCUGAUGCUCAGCAGUUUGUGGCUGAGGCCACUGGUGUUGGAAAGCUUAGAUUCAACAGAUUGGUCAAUCUGAUUGGUUGUUGCGCUGAAGGAAACGAGAGACUGUUGGUAGCUGAGUAUAUGCCUAAUGAUACUCUCUCAAAGCAUCUCUUUCACUGGGAGAACCAGCCACUUCCUUGGGAAAUGCGUCUUAGAGUUGCAGAUUCUAUAGCGCAAGCACUUCAUCACUGCAAUGUAGAAAACAGAAAGAUCUAUCAUGAUUUGAAUGCAUACAGAAUCCUCUUUGAUGAGGAAGGUGACCCUCGUCUAUCUACUUUUGGUCUUAUGAAGAACAGUAGCAACGGGAAAAGCUAUAGUACCAACUUAGCUUAUACUCCACCUGAGUUCUUGCGAACAGGUAUAGUCAUUCCAGAGAGUGUGGUUUACAGUUAUGGAACUAUUCUUAUAGAUCUUUUGAGCGGCAAACACAUUCCACCUAACCAUGCUCUUGAUAUGAUAAGAGGAAAGAACGUGUUGCUACUAAUGGAUUCAUCACUUGAAGGGCAAUUUGAAAAUGAAGACGCAACUAAACUUGUUGAUCUUGCUUCAAAAUGUCUUCAAAACGAGGCUAAAGAUCGACCUGAUACCAAGUUUCUUGUCUCUUCAGUAACACCACUACAAAAGCAGAAACAGGUUGCAUCUCAUGUCUUGAUGGGUUUGCCUAAGAAUACAGUGAUACUACCAACUCUGCUUUCUCCACUUGGAAAAGCUUGUUCUCGGAUGGACCUUGAGGCUGUACACGAGAUUUUGCUUAAAACUGGUUACAAAGACGAGGAAGGAGUAGAGAAUGAGCUUUCAUUUCAAGAAUGGACACAACCAGCGCAGGAGAUGGUCAACAUAAGGAAGUCAGGAGACAGUGCUUUCAGAGACAAGGACUUCAAGAAUGCAAUAAAAUGUUACUCAGAGGUGGUGGUGAUGAUGAUGAAUGCUCCAUCUGCGACUGUGUUUGCGAGAAGGUCAUUCUCCUACUUGAUGACGGGGCAAGUAGAGUUUGCGUUGAAAGAUGCAAUGCAGGCUCAAGUAUGCAUACAGGAGUGGCCUACUGCGUUUUACAUGCAGGCUUUAGCGCUUUCUAAGCUUGGAAUGGAGAGUGAUGCUAGUGAUAUGAUUAAUGAUGGUGCUGCUUUUGAUGCUAAGCGACAACAACAGAGCAGUUGGCGUUGUUGAAGUUUAAGAAGGAAUGAAGAGAAGAGAGUCCCGAAUAUUAGUAUGGGUCCUUUUCAGGAACAGAGUUUACCCUUAAGAGUGUUUGUUUUGUCUGUUGUAAGAGAGAAGCUUGUGAGGGAUUGAAUGUUGUUGUGAAUUAGGGUUUUAUUUAUGUUUAUAAAGAUCAGAUGUUUGUGUGAAAAGUUAGUGUGGGUUGCUUGUUUUUCUUGAAAAUUUAUUAGGAAGAAGGGAUUGAAUGUUAUGGUGAAUUAGAGUUUUAUAGUUUUACCAUUAUUUUGAGUUUGG